AUGCAGAAUCCCAACUUGGGGGUUUCCGAGGCACCAAUAUUGGUCCUUGAAGGCUCCCCCGGACCCGUCUGGAAUGCUCCUUCAAUUCAGCAGCUAUGUCUGUGUCUUCCUCGGGUAUUUCGGGAUUCCACGGAACCGCUCCACACGACCACCAUGCCCACGACCACCACGCCCACGACGACCACCCACGACCAUGACCAUGCCACGACCCCGACCACCAUGUCCACCACAACGACCAUCACAACCACCACGUCAACGACCACCAUGUCCACGACGACCACCAUGCCCACGACCAAGACCACGACCACCACAACGCCACCACCCGCGCCACGAUCCCCGCGCCCGCCCACCACUCGCUAA